UAUUUUAUUGGGGGCUAACAUUUUAUAUAAGGCAAGGUGGAAACCUAUGAAUCUUCAUCCAAAAGCUAGCAAUGGCAAGUGUAUGCAAUAGUAGUACAACUCUCAACACUCCCUUUACUUCAUCCACAAUGUCAUUUUCUUUAGCUUCGACUCCUAAGCCCUCUCAACUUUUCCUCCGUGGGAAACGUAACCAAACCUUCAAAGUGUCAUGCAAAAUUUCCAGUAAUGAUGACCAAAAUGUUGAAAUAAAUUCUGUUGAUAGGAGAAAUGUGCUUCUUGGUUUAGGAGGUCUCUAUGGUGUUGCUAAUGCUAUUCCAUUAGCUGCAUCAGCUACUCCUGUACCAGCCCCCGAUCUCACAACUUGUAGUAAAUCCAAGAUCAAUAGAGAUGAGGAGGUGCCAUACUUAUGUUGUGCUCCUAAACCCGAUGAUAUGAGCAAAGUUCCAUAUUACAAGUUCCCUUCUGUGACUAAGCUCCGUAUCCGUCAACCUGCUCAUGCUGCUGAUGAGGAGUAUAUAGCCAAGUACAGUUUGGCCAUUAGAAAAAUGAAGGAUCUUGAUAAAACAGAACCUUCUAAUCCUAUUGGCUUCAAGCAACAAGCCAAUAUCCAUUGUGCUUAUUGCAACGGUGCUUACAAAAUUGAUGGCAAAGAGUUACAAGUUCAUAAUUCUUGGCUUUUCUUCCCAUUCCAUAGAUGGUACUUGUACUUCUACGAGCGAAUCUUGGGAUCCCUCAUUGAUGAUCCCACUUUCGCUUUGCCAUAUUGGAACUGGGACCAUCCAAAGGGCAUGCGGUUCCCUCCCAUGUUCGAUCGUCAAGGGACUGCCCUGUACGACGAAAGGCGUAAUCAGCAAAUCCAUAAUGGAACCGUAUUAGAUCUUGGUUCUUUUGGCGACAAGGUCCAAACAACACAACUCCAGUUAAUGGCUAAUAACUUAACUCUAAUGUACCGUCAAAUGGUAACUAAUGCUCCUUGUCCUCUUUUGUUCUUUGGCGCUCCUUAUGUUCUUGGGAAUAAUGUCGAAGCGCCAGGAACCAUUGAAAUCAUCCCUCACGGUCCUGUCCAUGUUUGGACUGGUACAGCGGCAGGUUCAACUUUGCCUGGUGGUGGAAGGUCACACGGUGAGGAUAUGGGCAAUUUCUACUCAGCUGGUUUGGAUCCUGUUUUCUAUUGCCACCACAGCAAUGUGGACCGAAUGUGGAGCGAAUGGAAAUCAAUAGGUGGGAAAAGAACGGAUCUCACACAAAAAGAUUGGUUGAACUCAGAGUUCUUUUUCUACGAUGAAAACAAAAACCCAUUCCGUGUGAAAGUCCGAGACUGUUUGGAUACCAAGAAGAUGGGAUACGAUUACGCACCAAUGCCCACCCCGUGGCGUAACUUCAAGCCUAAAAGAAAGACAACAGAUGGGAAAGUGAAUAUAGGUUCACUUCCACCAGCCAGCAAGGUAUUCCCACUGACUAAGUUAGACAAACCCAUUUCGUUUUCCAUCAAUAGGCCGGCUUCGUCAAGGACUCAACAGGCCAAAAAUGAACAAGAGGAGAUGCUUACAUUGUUCAACAUAAAAUUCGAUAACAGACAACAUAUAAGGUUCGAUGUGUUCCUGAAUGUGGACAAGAAUGUAAAUGCGGACGAGCUUGACAAGACAGAGUUUGCAGGGAGCUACACUAGCUUGCCACAUGUUCAUGGGCCUAAUCAGACAAAUCAUAUUGCGACUGUUGUUUUCCAGUUGGCAAUCACUGAACUGCUGGAGGACAUUGGCCUAGAAGACGAAAACACUAUUGCGGUGACUCUGGUCCCAAGGAAAGGUGGUGAAGGCAUCUCCAUUGGAGGUGUGGAGAUCAAUCUUGCAUCUUGUUAACUAGUCUCUAUUGAAUCUGCUGAGAUUACACUUGUAGCUUGUUGAUGUUUGAUGCUCUGUUCCUCUUUCCUUAUUCUGUUUUUUGGGGAGGGCUUUUCCAUGUUGCUUUUCACGUUAAAAUCAGCUUGACGCUUGAUUUCCUUGCA